GCUCUUCUUGGAAAAUUCCGCGGAUUUCUUCCGGCAGCUUUCUGUGCGGAGGCACUUCAAGUGGCUCUUAUCCUGGUUCUCCCGAACGGCGCAUACCAACAUCUGGCUCAGCGGCUGCCCCUUAGGAGUUUUGACCUUGCGCCUUUUCACCGUGCUGAUCUCCAACGAUGCCGACCGCUGCAUCCAGAUGCGCGACGCACGCAUGGGGCUAGAGUUGCUCCACCUUCCGCUGGCUGCCGUGGCCGCUUCGGGCUGGCCGUGCUUUAGGAUCUUGGCGCAUCUGGCCGAGGAGUCCCGGCGCAUCAGCUUUCCCUUGGACAACGCCUGUGACGACUUGGACAGCGAAGCUGCCAGGAGCUUUCGAGAGCAGCUCCUUCGGCCGGCGCUGCAACAGCAGCGCUUAGUGCCCAUGGACGCUGCUUGGAAGUACCUACAGGAGCCCCCACCCCGUUGCGCCAUUGGUUGGGCAGCCACCUACUUUGCCCUGGCCGCGCACGAGGCCCCCGAGCGCCGAAACGAGCUCCUGCAGCGAGGCCAGGAGACAUUGUUGGAAUGGCCAUCGCUGCAGCGUUCCCUCUACGCCCUGCUGACGACACGCUGGCCUCUGUGGCACUCGCUGGAGCGGUUGAGAAACGCGUCUGGAGUGCAGACGGUCUACGUGAAGCAGCUUGAAGGGCAAUCGGUGGACUUGGACGUGGUCUUCUGCGGUAACGGCGUGGAGGGGCUGCAACAGACUUUGCGCGGCUGGUGCGAGCGAAAGGGUUGGCGCCUGCAUUUUCUCCGUGCGGAUCUAGCUGCAUGCCCCAGCUUCUAUCAGAGCAUCAGUCUCCCCAACUCCGGCCAUGUCUUGAUGCUAUCGCCCUUGCUCUGGUCCAUGGAGGCCGUGGAAGCUGCAGUGGAUGCUUUGAACUUCUCUCUAUUCGAUGAAGCCGAUGUACUGGGGUUCCCGACGCUCGACGCCACACUGCUUUGGACCUUCGCCGUGCAACGCAUCCGUCGGAGUCCUUGGAGUGUGCGCUAUGAAGCCUUUCCCACAGGAGCCGGAUCGGCAAGGACCUCGUGCCUACGCCUGUAUGAGAUGUUGACAAAGACGGAUUUCCGUUUGAGGUAUGGAUUGACGCAGGCAGAAGAAGCUCUUCGUGCAGUUCACCUGAAACUGGGACACUAUGCCGAAGCAAUUACAGGGACCGCCCGUUGUCUCGCCCGCCUCGAGACACUGGUCUACGUCCUCGACUCGGCACUGCAGGCCUGUGAAGAGCAAAGACAAAAACUUCCCUUCGCACCGGUGGUGGCUCGCCGUGCGGCAAAACCGCGUCCUGGACGGAGGACAGGCGGCAUCAGCUCUGGCAGCUUCAAGAGGAAACCUUUGUCCAAACCCGGCCUCAAACGGAAGAUCCUCUCGAACAACAAGGACGACCAGACCAAAAAGAUCCGAUCACUGGAGGACCGCUGCUUCCGCGCGGAUGCCACCUCCAUGAGUCGCGCCUUUCAAAGUGCAACGUGGCAACGCCUGGUGCAGCGACUGAGGCCAUCGCAAGGCGUGGGCAAGGUUGAAGAGGAAAUGGCCUGGUUUGUUGAUCUCGAUCUGGAAAUCCUCGCGGCGCGCUUGCGAGUGUACCUCUGUAUGGGGCCACCGAUCCCAGAAGAACCCUACCUGUCCCGGGUGCGUUUGGUUCCUUGGUUGGCUCGCAAAUAUCGCUUGGAAGAGGCUCACUUUACAGAUUCCAACGUUCAACAGCUGUGUUUGGGCCCAGCGGACGCAGGCGCAUCGCCCUGUGCGCAGCAAGAAGGGCGGAUGGCCUUGGCCACGGCCCUGGCCGCGUGGAAGGAUGUUCGUGUGCUUCUAGAUGGAGUCGCCCUGCUAACGGCAGGAAGGCUGCCGUUGGGUGAGGACGCAGCCAUGCAAAGCCUUGAAGUUUGCAGCCACGAUGAAGGCUUUCUGUGCAGCGCCCUGGAGACGGAGAGCGUCGUGUUGCCCAUGGAGGUGAUGGUGGAGACGGAGCCGUCGCGCUGCACCUUUCGUUCGGCUCGCGACACUGGGGCCGCCGGAACGCAGCUUCCCCCGCUGCUGCGGGUGCAGCGGGGAGGCCCUGCUUGUGAGGGCGUGGAAGUGUUCAACAUGCGGCUCCACAAUGGGAUGCUGCUGCCUGUGUGGCAGCGGCCAAGCUCAGGAGAUGUGGAGGACUUGGCAGCACAUGUGUUGUCCUGCAUGGCACUUCGUCUUCGCCUUGAGGCCACAACUUGGCGCGUGCACGCCCCAUCAGAUCAACUGCAAGGAUCCGAGUGUUUGGAAUAUCUGAAGAGGAGCGUGGCGUCCCUUACGGAACCGGUGGUGCUGCUGUCCCCUUUCCUGCUGCAGGAGAAGUGGUCCGACAAAACCACCCAGGCCACAACUUGGCGCGUGCACGCCCCAUCAGAUCAACUGCAAGGAUCCGAGUGUUUGGAAUAUCUGAAGAGGAGCGUGGCGUCCCUUACGGAACCGGUGGUGCUGCUGUCCCCUUUCCUGCUGCAGGAGAAGUGGUCCGACAAAACCACCCAGGUCUUAAAGCGGGCCCUGCUGCAGCUUCGAUUAGGCGACGCUUCGGUGCUGAGUUUCCCCACGAACUCCGAGCUCUUCAGCUGGCGCGUGAGGCGCUUGCGGCACCAGUAUUGGAAACUGGAGUUCUCAGCAGUUGAUGAGAUUACAAACCAGCGCAGCCUCAGUGGCGCCAGUUGUGCUUUGGGCCUCGCCUCGAUGACGCGCGUCUUCGCCGCGACGACGCUCCAGAGUUGGGCCGUGGCUAUCACACCAGCGGCAAGGGACGAGGCCUUCACUACGACCACCAGUGGUCGACAGCCCUUCAAGUCCGGGCAAUACCGCAUGACGAUUGAGGAGGUGAAGAUAGUGACGAAGUGCGGCCACUGCCACAAGGUGGGCCACUGGCAUCGAGAAUGUCCUGACCUACACCGUGGCUCUGUCGAAAAGGAGCAGCACUACCUCCAGUCCGAGGAGGCCACCUUUUGUGGGAUGUUGGAGAUUGAGAAGGAACGAUCGAGCCCAAUGAACAUCCGAGGAGAUCAACAUCCACCUGAAGAGGAACUGAGCGGCCCAGGUGACUGUGAGGUAGAUCCAAGCUUGUCCAAAAGAACUGUUCUCCAGACAGUGGUGGCAGGCAAUGCCAACAUGGCAAGGGAUUGGAUUUUACCGAGGUCACAGGUGGAGUCGGACCCGGAAAAGCCUUGGAAUUGGCUGCUGGAGUUGGACCUCCAGAUCCAUCAUGCGAAGAUCAAGGCGAUGAGCUGCGCUGAUGGUCCCAUGCCCGAGGUGGACUAUUUGCCCCAGAUCUCCUUGACGCAGCACGUGAGUCACAAACACCAGGCACGACCGCAGGUCGAGAUGGCCGACUUCGAUGGGCGUCGAGAGGUCUCGUGCAUCAAAGGUGCCAAUUGGUUCGAGGUGGCACGCAAGGGCCUGGUGGCUCCCUACUGCUUCCGCCGGGACGUCAUGAAGGCCUUUCGGCAGCUGCGGCAGUGGUGGACCUCUCUGGAUGCGCGGAAUUUCCUGGUGCCCGAGGAGGGAACUUUCUUGGCCCUCUUUCGCAAUGGGGACGCGGGGAUCAUGCCCUGGGACUCCGACUUCGAUGUGAAGCUCUACACGGAGCAGGACAUCACCAUGGAAGGCGAGGCCACCUUAGACACACUUCAUGGGGGAGGCUGGAUCAAAGAUAGGGGUAUCCAGCAACACUCAUGGAGAUAUCAUAGGGGAGAUACUGGGGAGAUAUCUGAUCAUAUAUGA